AAUAUCUCCGGACUCAAGCUCUUGAUUGAAUUGACAUGUCCGACCCUCUCGACGCCGCCCUUGACCUCCUCCGCCGUCUCGACCCGAAGAAGACCUCCGAGAACCUCUCUACCCUCUGCUCCCUCGUCCCCGAUCUCGAAGAAGACCUCCUCGCCUCCGUUGACCAACCACUCGAGAUCAAGACCUGCAAAGCCACCGGCCGUGAUUACCUCGUCUGCGACUACAACCGCGACGGAGACUCGACGAGGUCACCGUGGAGCAAUGAGUAUGAGCCACCAUUGAGUGAUGGAACGCAGCCGAGUGAUAGGGUGAGGAAGAUGGAGGUUUUGGCCAAUGACGCGUUUGAUACGUAUAGGGAUUUAUACUACGAAGGAGGUAUCUCGAGUGUAUACUUCUGGGAUAUCGAUGACGGUUUCGCAGGGGUCGUCUUACUUAAGAAAGUUUCCUCUAAGGGCGACGGAGGCUGGGAUUCCAUCCACGUAUUCGAAGCAAUCGAAGGAAAGCGCGGAACCUGCCAAUACAAACUCACAUCGACAGUGAUCCUCCAUAUGCAAAACAAGUCCGAUACGCUUGGAGAGAUGAACCUCGGCGGAAACAUGACUCGUCAAGUGGAGCAAGACCUCUCCGUCGAGGAUGAUGCAUCACAUAUCCCCAACAUCGGUCGUAUGGUCGAAGACAUGGAAUUCAAGAUGAGAAAUCUGUUGCAGGAGGUCUACUUUGGCAAAACGAAGGAUAUCGUGAAUGAUUUGAGGAGCGUGGGGUCGUUGGCGGAGAGUCAGAGGGAGAGGAGUUUGCAGAGUCAGGUUGUGAAGGGAUUGUCUGGACGGGUAUAG